AUGAGAGUCUCCACACUGAUUGGCGCAUCCCUGAGCUGCGCGUACGCCUUCGUUAUCCCCCAAACCUUUCUGGAUGCAUUUCAACUGCCCUCUGCUAUCGAUGAACAGUCGUUUUGGCCACACAAACCGUAUUUUCUAAAGCACCAAGUGAACCCCGAAAGCUUCCCGGAGGAUAUUACUCUUGCUGAGCUCAAUUCCACUGCUUGGGAUCUCUAUCAAAUUGCUAGUACCUCAAAUCGUACCUACGGCCACCCUACCCGAGUCAUUGGCUCGGAAGGUCACUGGAACACUCUCAACUACAUUUUCCGCCAAUUCGAUCAAAUGAGGGACUAUUACGAAAUUUCCACUCAGACUUUCAAAGCCCUGAAUGGUAAAGUCUUGCACUACGAUCUUAACUAUACUAGCGGAGCAAAGGUCCCCUCGGCCCAGGCUUUUAGCUUGUCGCCCCCUGUGGCACCUUUUGUCGGUAAGCUAGUCGAGGUCCCCAAUUUGGGUUGUUCGGAGGCUGAUUACCAAGCUUUGGAAGUGAAAGGAGACUCAAUCGCCUUGAUUGAACGAGGUGAAUGUUCCUUCGGCAAGAAAAGUGAUCUGGCUGGUAAGCACGGUUUCAAAGCCGUUGUAAUUUACGAUAACGACCCAAAAUCCAAAAAAGGAGUUUCAGGAACUUUAGAAAAACCCACUAACAACACUGUGUCCACUAUCGGUGUCUCUUACGUCGUUGGACAAGAGCUGGUGUUGGGCAUUACUUUGGAUCCGGACUUCUCUUUGUACUAUUUCAUGGACUCGUAUGUGAACGAAAUUGAGACCAAGAAUAUUAUUGCCGAUACGAAGCACGGUGAUCCUGAGAAUAUCGUGUCUUUGGGUGCCCAUACCGAUUCCGUUGCUGCCGGACCGGGAAUCAACGAUGAUGGCUCUGGUACCAUUUCCCUCUUAGCAGUUGCCAAACAUUUGUCGGACUAUAAAGUCAACAAUAAGGUACGUUUCGCUUUUUGGGCAGCAGAGGAAGAGGGUUUAGUUGGCUCUACCUACUACGCCGAAAACUUGUCUCCGGAAGAAAACCUGAAGAUAAGACUAUUUAUGGACUACGAUAUGAUGGCCUCACCAAACUACCAAUAUCAGGUUUAUAACGCUAACAACAUUGAUAACCCCAAGGGAUCCGAAGAAUUGAGGGAUCUAUACAUUGACUACUACACUGAAAGGGGGCUCAAUUACACUUUGAUUCCCUUUGACGGUAGAUCUGACUACGUCGGAUUCAUCGAAAACGGUAUUCCUGGUGGAGGUAUCGCGGCUGGUGCCGAGGAUGUCAACACUGAUAAUGGCAAUGUGUUCGACAAAUGCUACCACGAACUUUGUGACGAUGUCAGCAACUUGAACUGGGAUGCUUUCUUGACAAAUACUCAACUGAUCGCCUAUUCAGUAGCCCAUUUCGCUGAUUCUCUAGAAGAUUUCCCAGAAAGAGACACCAAUGAAACUGUGUCUACUUUUGGUGUAGGAUACAACUAUCCGUACGCCUACAAAGGUGGUGCGAACCUUCUAUUAUAA